AACUCAGAGCACAGUCACCAAUCUCGCAGGACAGCAGCGUGCGCAUCUCGCACCCGUGGAUUUUCUUCUUCUUGUUGAUAUUGCCGUGCUGGGAUUCUUUCCACAAGCGCAUCACUCGUACAAUUGUCGCCUCUGUUUUGUGGGAUCACUCUCGCCCAUCGGUCUCCUCCUCGCCCUCCAUCCCCGCGAGCAUCAGCAUUCCUCGGAUAACUUUUCCACCCCGAACCGAGCCCCCGCCCGACCGCCGGCCCCGCUCGCAGGUGGUUGAUCUCUGGGAAGACCAAAAAAAAGGAAAAAAGGAAAAAAAGGGGUCUCUUUGAUGGGGCGCGCCGUGCGGUUUGGAAAAUGCUCCGCAGUCGGCGUGUGAGCGCCCAGCGGAAGCAGCCGGGAUCGGAGUCGCUGUCGUCGGCGCGCGUCUGCCGCUGCUGCCGCCGCCGGAGCGGCAGCGGCAGCCAGUGAGCGGCCAGCGAGCGCAGGCGGCGAUGGCUCGUCCCGCGGCGGCGGCGGCGGCGACGACUGCGGCGGCGACGGCGGUCAAGCUCGGGCGGCCGCGUCGCUGGAGCGGCGCCAGUGGCGGCUGGCUGCGCAUCACGCUGCUCUCCUUCCUCGCCACUUUGCCCGUGGAGCAACUGCGCGCCUUCCCGUCUUCCCUCAGCGACUGCCAGACGCCCACCGGCUGGAACUGCUCGGGUUUUGAUGAGCGAGACACGGACCUGUUUUUGUGCGACACCAACACGUGCAAGUUUGACGCCGAGUGCCUACGAAUUGGGAACAUGGUGACUUGCAUUUGUGACUUCAAGUGCAACAAUGACUAUGCUCCAGUUUGCGGCUCCAACAAUCAAAACUACCAGAAUGAGUGUUAUCUGCGAAGAGACGCCUGCAAGCAGCAGUCUGAAGUACUCAUUCUGUCGGAGGGCGCUUGUCCCGCGGAUGCCGGUUCGGGAUCAGGAGAUGACGGAGCAGAGGGCUCAGCCGAAGCGGGUCAGAAGGAAAAGGAAACGUCCACCUGCGACAUUUGCCAGUUUGGGGCCGAGUGCGACGUGGACGCCGAGGAUGUUUGGUGCGUGUGCAACAUCGACUGUUCCCACAUCAGCUUCAAUCCAGUGUGUGCCUCGGAUGGCCGUUCCUAUGACAACCCCUGCCAGGUGAAGGAGGCCUCCUGUCAGAAGCAGGAACGCAUCGAGGUCAAGCACCUGGGCCACUGCCAAGAUGGGAACAAAGGCGGAGACGGACAUUUCGCGCCCACCGACAUCACCGGAAACGGACAAGCAGAUGGCCUGUACACCCCGUGUCCGGAUCUCUACAAGAACUAUUGCGUACAUGGGGAGUGUCAAUUCCCCAGUAUACCCGCCCAGCCCUCAUGCAGUUGCCACUCAGGUUUCAGCGGACCCCAGUGCGACACCAAAGAGUACAACGUGCUCUACGUGGUCCCGGGCUCUGGCAAACUGCACUACGUUCUCAUCGCCUCCAUCAUCGGAGCCCUGCAGGUGGUCAUCAUCUGUGUGGUGGUGCUGUGCAUUACAAGGAAGUGCCCUCGCUCCAACAGGAUCAACCGGCAGAAGCAAAACAAUGUCCACUUCAGCUCCGAGAACACCAUGCGCGCCUCCACUCGACUUAUCUGAGCCUGCCGGACGGACGGAAUGGCCGUCCGCUUUACAGAAGGCUCGUCUUAUUAAAUGUGCCCCCCAGACCGCCCACACACACACUUUUUAGAGCAACACCCCCCCCCCCCCUCUCAAAAUGUAGGAUCUGCUUCCCCCUUAGUGGCUGGGCCCUCUCUCUCACUCUCUCGGCCGGUACGUCCUCCCACGAAUACCCGUUGGAGGCCGAGGAGCUCCGAGAAAAGACAGAACCGGCGCACCAGUCGACCGCCAGACUCACUUACACGGAGAAUGUGGAAACAGCAUGGGGGUGGGGUGGGGGGGGGGGGGGGGCACUGAGAAUACUGAAUGUGCGUAUGUACGUGUGAGUGUCAAUUAGAAGUGUGAGUUUUGGUAGAUGCGGGUUAGCCAAUGUCUGUCAUUUGUAGGCGAGGGGGCAAAGCAGUAAAUUGGGAGUAGUGCAAAGCAGGGUAAGGGGACUUUAAUUAAGGAUUUUUUUUCUCCCCAUUGGGGGUGUGGGGGUGGGGGAUGCUACACGUGAUGCCUUGCACCUUGUGUUAUAGGAGACCGUGGAGGUCACAAUGUUAUUCUAGAGCUCUUCUUCUUCUUCUUCUUCUUCUUUGGUUGUGACAAUGACUUCAGCUGCAGUAUCUUGGGUUCCAUGAGUUAUUACUACGUUGUCUUGAUGGAGUCAUUUUUUGGGGUUUUUUUUUUUCUCUGUAAAUGUAAAUAAAUAAUUUAUAUCAUGAA